AUGACUUUGAGCAAAAAAGAGAGAGAAGAGAAGGAAGCGAGAGAGAGGAGAGAGAGAGAUGAAAGGAUCGGCCAGAUGAAGGCCAACCUGGCCAGGAAAAAACUGAUGAAAGUUCGAAGGCUCAUCAAAGUUCCGAAAGAAGUGACCAAGAAAAAACUAUUAAAAAUUAAAGGUAGCAAAGAUUUUGCUCUGCGGACCACAAAAAUAAAAGCCGACACUCUUAAAAAAAUCCUGGCGAAAGAGAAGCAAAGAUUUUCUGCAAAAGUCGUAAAAGUACAACACCCGGCCAUGACUUUCAGUCGCCGUUGGAAGCUCCUGGAAAGCAACAAUCAACUUUUCAAUUACGCGCGUUGGCUAGCACUCAUCAUCGCUUACUGUUUUGUCAACCUGUCUACCUUGUUUUUAGCCGCAUACUCUUACUUCAUGACCAUGUCCGAACCUUACAUCUAUAUGGAAAAUUUUGUCAGUUUUGGCAGGGAGCAUGGUCAGAAUUUGGUUUUUUUUUGCAUCCAGUCGGCCAUCGUUAGCUUCCACGGUUUCUGUUUGUCGUGCGCGGCUGUUGAUGUCGUUCGAAGAAAUAAUUUGAGAUUCUUCGCUAUCAUGUACCUCAUACACUCGGCGAUUCAUCUGAUCUUCCUCUUGAUCGUCGCCAUUUUCUACAUUGUAGCCUGGCUCCACGUCAGACGUUUCAUGCAGAACGGCGAUUAUUUGUACGACCCGCUGAGGUUGUACACCGAGGAGCAAGAUAUCUUCAUAAGCAUCAACGAGUUUCAAAUGAAGUACGGUUGCUGUGGGGUCAAAAGCUACCUGGAUUGGGCCAGGGUCAGGUGGUGGACAGGAGAGUACAGCCAAGUGAAAAAAAUUAAAUAUAUGUUCAAAGUGCCAUUCAGCUGUUGCGAUCAGGAUCUGGUGCGAGCUGGCACGUGCAUCUGGUUCGCUCAGUCGACGAUUGACCUGACGAUAAAUAGACACGGAUGCAGAGGUCAAGUCAAAGAGUUUCUAAAGAGCGAGUUAUUUGUGAAGAUGGUGCUGCUCGUUGUGAUGACAGUCUGCCACAUCAUAUGUUUCGUCUUUCUCCUACCAUCGGUUUUGAACCUACCCCACAUGGAACUUCUGAUUUUUAGACCACCCCCUCCGAAACCAAGAGACAAGGACAAAGAGAGACUUUGGAUAACAAACACUUUGGCCCAGUUAUUCUCAAAAUCUCCAACUGCCGUCCGAACCACUGAAGCCCAAAAACUGGCGGCAGCCCAACAAACGCAGCAAACAAAUGCAGUGGCUAAUUUGACGGGUGCAAAGGCGUUGGUGAUGAAUUUGAUCCAAGAUAGAGAGAAGCUGGAUGAUUUGAGGCAUGACUUCAAGGAACGCCAAAAAGCGAAAGAAAGAGAUUUGUUUGUUAAAGAUAUGAGGGAGGCCAAGUUUGUUGACAAUAAGAGCAACUCAGGCAACUACAACUUUCGUAACUUUACUUCCAAUAAUUUGGAAGUUAAUACUAGCAAGCAUAAGUACGAUGUAAAUAAUGACGCUUGUUUGAUACAUUUUGAUGAUAGCACAAUAAAUUUCAACUUUGGCCCAAUUACUUGCAAAAAUAAUCUUUCGCCACAGAACCGAAACGAAAUGAACGAAAAAUAUGACUACAGACGACACUUUAAAACCACCAAGAGCAAACGAACGACAUCGCAAAUUCCAAAUUCGAGCGAGUUAGUUGAAGUUUAUAAGAACAACUUAAAUACGAACAUCUGCUGUAAAUUUGCCAAGAAUCAAAAUGCCAGUUUCAAUAGUGCACAAAUUUACGUUAGCGGUGAAGCGGUUAACAGUCAAAAAGUAGAAAACUACGAGAAAACAUUCGAAAAUAUUCUCAACUGUUAUGAAACUACCAAACCAACUCUUUUGGAAACACCAUCCCUAACAACAGCUGCAUUAAAAACCCCACCAAUAUUAAAACAUAAAAAUUUUCGGAUGUUUUAA